AUGCUUCUUGAUGGUUAUGUGGCUCCUACUCAAGAGUUCAAUGGUGGUAUUAUACCUUGGCCAAGAAAAGAUUGGACCAAGGAUCAAGUUCUAGCUAAUGCUCUCAACCGGAAGGCUAUUUGUGUGAUUAUUUCCUCUUUGUGUAGAGAAGAACAAGGAUGGGUUCAACAUUGCACAACGGCUCAUGAUAUGUGGAAGAUUCUUGAGAACUACCAUGAAGGAACGAACAAGCCAAAUGAGACCUUCACCGAAACUACCAAUAAACUCUUUGGCAUUACUACCAAUCUCAAGAAGCUUGGUAAGCACUAUACUCUUGGUGAAAUCAAUGGCAAAAUUUUUCGUUCAUUGCCUCUCCUUGAUUGGCAAUCGAAGAUAACCGCCAUUGAGGAAUCCUAUGACAUAAGGAAUUUGAGAACCGAUGAGCUUAUCGGAAACUUACUUCUUCAUGAGAUGACCUACAUGAAAGAAAUUCAAGAAUUGAAGAAGUCUCCUGAAUAG